AUGGCUGGCGCUGGGGAGGAUUCGCGAGCUCUCUUCCGGGCUGGCCUCCGCGUGGCGCUGGAGGCCUGGCCAGCAUUGCAGAUCGCGGUGGAGAAUGGCUUCGGGGGCGUGCACAGCCAGGAGAAGGCUGAGUGGCUGGGGGGUGCUGUGGAGGAGUACUUCAUCCGUAAUGCUGACUUGGAGCUAGAUGAAGUGGAGGACUUCCUCAGGGAGCUUAUGACCAAUGAGUUUGAUACGGUUGUGGAGGAUGGGAGUCUGCCCCAGGUGAGCCAGCAGCUGCAGACCAUGUUCCACCACUUCCAGAGGGGUGAUGGGGCUGCUCUGAGGGAAAUGGCCUCCCACAUCAUCCAAAGAAAGUGCAGGGUCUCAGCCACCGCACUUACAACAACGAGAGAGACUGAUGAGGAUGAAGAUGAUACGGACAGUGUGGAGGAGAUGGAGGUGAAGGGGGUCACAGCUACAAAUGAUGGGGCAGCUAUUGAAGUCUGCACCCAGCCUGAACCCUCUGUCCCAGACUCCCAGACUAUUAAGGAAGAGGAUAUAGUGGAGGAUGGCUGGACCAUUGUCCGGAGGAAGAAAUGAGUGGGGCUGGAAAUGGUUUGGGCCCUUGAUUACGAAUUAAUUUGAGACUUGUUUGUAGGGGCUGUUUUGGAGGGAUUGUGGACCUUUGGUUACUCCAUCCCCUCCCUCUCCCCUAUUCCCCUGCUCAUCUCCCUGCAGGGGAAGAAAAGCUGGGAAAGGAUCAUCAGAACCAAUAUGCAGUGCUAGGGGCUGGCUGGGUCAGGAAUGGUGAAAUGAACAGAACACAUAAAUGGAAGAGAGAAUAGCUGAAGAAUGAAAGCUGUGGUGUGCCCCUCCCUUGUUCCCCACCAGACACACGCCAAGCAGCUCUGUACCCCUGCCCAGAACUUGCUCCCUUUCUGCAGCUCAGCCUCUAGCCCUGGGUUCCCUCAGGAAUUCUGAGACCUUGACUAGGUGGAAAGCUGGGCUUUGCUUUUUGUGUUCUCCAACUCCUUUCUGCACUCUUAUUCCAUCCCAGUUAAGUCCAGGGAUAAAACCCCCAUAAAUACCUUACUGUUUAAUCUGUGGCUUAACCUAUGAGUAGCCUUAGAAUUGAUUAGCCUUCUGGGGGCUGAGCUUCAAUGCUCAGCAAGGGAAUAAUAUCUGGGCCCACCCUAAGAGCCUGGUGCUUUGGACAAACAAACAGAUGGACGAAUGGAACACAUCUGUGCUUUGAAAGUUUCUGUAAGCCUGAAAUAAACUGUAUUUUUCUUUAAAAAACAAAACAGAGAGUAUCCAUUGUCCUCCCUCCUGUUCCCAUCCUGCCCGGUGGCCCUGCCAUGGGUCUGGACGAUAAAAUACUAGGUAGCCUUGGGGCCAGGUAGAAGCUGUAAGCCAUGGGAGAGACACAGGAAGAAUAUAAUUCA